AUGGUUUUCGAAUUGCAAACCGUCAAAGAGGACCUUUCCUUGCUGCAGAACUUUGACCCAUCUGUCGUCGAGGAAUUCUGCAAAAUCGCUGCCCAAAGCGGGCAACACAGCACUAAUGAACGCGUACUUUCCGGUGCGGGUUCCCGCUUGGGUGUCGAUCCCAAAAUCGUUGGAAAAGCCAUCGAUGCAUUACUUUUCCUUGCGGAAGAAACCACUAAAAGUCGAUCAGACGACGUUGGAAUCGAGAAUUAUGUUAGAGCCCUGGGAAUUGAUGAUGAAGAAAAUAUUAGAAGGAUUGUAAGCUUUUGCCUAUCUCAGACGACUUCUUUUCGGAGAGUAUUGGAGAAACAAAAAGCAUGCGUGGAUGUGUUGCCGAAAUUCCUCGGGUUCCAGUGGAGGUUGCAAGUUCCAGUUGCGUCUCGACUUAACCAUGCUGCUGUUGGCAAUCCUGUGAUACUCCUGAGACUAGUGACGACUGCGGGGGACUUGGAAGAAUUCAAGGCGGGAAUAACGGAAAGGGCGGAAGAUUUCAUUAAGCAUGGGUUUGCGAAACGCAUCAUAUAUCUCAAUGAACUGAUUGGAAGCCCUGACUUCAAUAUUGACGUUUCCGAUGUUAUAUCGGAUUUAAAUAUUCCUGUUCCUUCGGAUUCACCCCUGGAUGAAGAGUCAAACUGCGAAGAGGCUGAGGUUUCUGAUGAUUUGUCGUGUUGUAAAAUCUAUAUUUUACCAAAUGGUCCUGCUCCGUGCAAUACGAAGUUGGUUGAUUUGAACGAGAAGCUGAAACCGAUUUUAAUCCAACUUCUGGAUGAAACAAAUUUGGAUGGAAAUAACUUCGGCGUCAGUAUCCAAAUUGAUGCCAUAGAGGUUAUUCGCGAAAUUGAAACUCAGAUCAGUCAGAUUUAUACAAAGAUUUCCAACUACCACGUGAAACGAGCAGCUGCUACGGCAAAGGUCAUGAAGCAUCCUCAGUUGGAAGAUCUGCGCCGAGUCGUCGAAGAAGUGGAUGAAAAGCAUUAUCGGCACUUGCGAAGGUCACUAAUAGUGUCUCGCGACAGUUACGCGGAGUUGCACGAUACCAUCGCAAAAAAUUUGGAAAAAAUCAGAGCUCCCUUGAAUUCCCGGCUUCACGACAUGUACUGA